CUAUUCAUUUGGGUAGUGUGGAUUAAAAGAUGGAGGGAAAGCAUGCAGGAUGAUAUAGGACAUAUCAACAAUGGCUUGAUUUAUCUGGAUAUUUUUGAUUCCUUUAAGGAUCUUUCUGUAUGUGAGUCUGUGGAGUGAUGGGGAAUAUAUUCUCCCGCUUAAGACAAGAGGUCCAAGAUGUUGUGAGGAAUUGUAGAUCUCGUGAUGAAGAGGAAGAUGUUAAAACUAUUAUUAGCAAUUAUAGUACUUUAGAAAGAGACCGUCGAAAAUGUGCGGAAAGGAGUCCUAAUGUGCAUCUACAGAGAUUUGAUAGUGACACUGGGGAAGAGUGGAAAAGUCUUAUUAACUUUUCUGCCCCAUCAAGAUCUCAUUAUCACUCAAGUCCUUGUAUGGAAGGAGAAAUAUCCAAGUCAGAUAUAUCGAGUUUAUGUUCUACUCCUCUUGUUGUUCCUGUCAGUCAGCAUAGCUUGACAGCUAAUAUUCCUAGUUCACGAGAGAGCAGUAGUUAUAAUCUGUUUCAGGAUUUAAAUACAAGUUUUGGGAGUGACAGUACAGAAAUAUUUACUAAAGCAGGUCUUCGAGCCAGAUACACCCUUCUUUGUCCUGAUAAGGAAAGUAUUCAUGAAAAUAUACCAGAGAAACAAACUUCAAAAAAAUCUGGGGAUCCAUUAGAAGGACUAGAAACCAGACAAGAUGAGGUGUUGAAGCGUCUUGGUGUAUUACAGAGUCGUGUAGGACAACUUCAGGAAAAAUAUAGUAUAUCUACAUGUAGUAGUUCUAGUAUACCAAGCAAUUCUGCUGUCGUACCUACAGACAUGGAGAAAGGAAAGUUCCAUGAUAUUGUUGUGUACCUUGAUCCUAGUUCUAUACCUUACUCACUGUUAGUAUUAUACGAAGAUCUGAGGAAACGGUUUAACGUUCUUGCUACAACUCAUGUUCAUUCGUCUGUAUUAGACGUACCAGAUAAUCUUAUUAAUAUAUUUAAUAAUGGUGAGGUCAAAUCUCGAAAAGAUUAUCAGAUUGGUUUAACAGUGAUAUGGAAGAAAGUAACUAAUGGAGCUGUUUUAAUGGUGGAUCCUUAUAAACAGUCGGCAAUAGAAGGGGAAGUAAAUAUAGCCAGAUAUUUACAAAGAUUACUUAAUUCUCAGUACGACUCGCAGGAUAUCAUCGAGGCUACUCAGAUAGACGAGUGGCUAGACACAGCUCAAAUACAAUAUCUUGAUGGCAGCAACAAGGAAAGAGCCGCGGUGCUCAGGUCACUUAAUGCUCGGUUCGGAAAAAAUAUUUGGCUCGUAGGCGAUAAGUGUUCGUUAGCAGACAUUACUAUGUGGUCCGCCUUGCAACAAUCUGGACAAGUUACUGAUAUACCAGCAAAUGUUAAAAAAUGGCUGACAGCUUGCAAUUCCGAGCCUGGAUUUUCAAGUGCUUUAAAACUCGUUGGUUAAAUUAUACAACAUAACUGUGAUAUAAAGCUAGAGUUGAUUUAUUUCUAAUUUGAUUUGACACAUUUUAAGGAAAUAAAAUAAAGGAAAAAUAAA